GGUUAGGCUUCCAAUUUCUAAAUUAACUUUCUCGAUUGCAGUGUUUUUUGUAUACCUCUUCAAUCAACAUCAACCUUUUAAAGUAAACUCGUAUAAUGGCCGAUGAGGAGGAUCCAUGGGGUUUCGAUGAGGGUGAGAGUGAGCCAGCCGCUGCGCCUGCUGCUGCCGGCGCUGCACCUGCCGCGGGUGGCGUGAGUGCCGCGGGUGGCGCUGAGAGUGCACCAGUUGGUGGCGAAGCAGAACCUGAAGGUGCUGCCGAAGGGGAAGAGGCAGCACCACCACCGCCGCCUGAAGAUGAUGGCUAUCGGAAGCCCGUGCAGUUAUAUCGUCACUGGGUGAGACCACAAUUCUUGCAGUAUAAAUACAUGUACAACUACAGAACAAAUUACUAUGAUGAUGUUAUCGAUUACUUGGAUAAGAAGCAAGUUGGCGUUUCAAGGGAAAUACCAAGAGCACAAACUUGGGCUGAACGUGUGCUAAGAACAAGCAAUGCUAGUGGACGCGACCUCAACUCAUAUUCGUCUUCAAGCAAAAGGGAUCAGCAUCUUGUUCAAACUCUGGCUGCCUCGAUUCGUACGCAUAAUUAUCACACCAAAGCUUAUAUUAACCAGAAAUAUGCAAGUGUUCUAUAAAUACAAUACAAUACCUAUCUACAUAUAUACAUACACAUAAAUAUGAAUACCACCUAAAAAGUUAGUUAAAAUUGUAGUACAAUUUAAUUAUAAGGAGAUGAUUACCUAAAUACGUUACAAUAAAGUGGGAGCUUGUCGCUAUAAUACUCUUUUGAUA